GCGGUACAAUCGGAUGAUCCUGGGCGGGCGGAGCUAAGUAGGAGGAAACGGUACAGUUGGCCGACUGUUCCCAAGAAUACCGGCGACGAGCCCUCAUACCCGGCAUCAGAGCAGCUAUCUAGCGAGACAGAUCUGUGAAACAGAGCUGAAGCCGUCUGCAGAAACACGUUGCGUUUUAACCGAGCAGCACGUACAUGCUUCUGCUCCUCGACCCGUCGGUGAAGGGCUCGGAGAUUACCGUUUCAGACACACCGCUGCAGGAUGGAGACGCAGAUACAUGUGCCUGUCGGGUCGCCGGUGAUUAAAAAAAUUCCCAUUUUCGUAGACGAACAAAACGUCACGGAGGGAGCGAUGAAGCUCAUUAAAGAGCUGAGACCUGCGUGGGACCCGAGCCACGUCAAGACUAAGCUCUUUACUGAUGGAACCACCAACAAGCUGGUGGGCUGCUAUGUGAACGACAGUCAAGAGGAUGUUGUCCUGGUCCGAGUGUACGGGAACAAGACUGAGCUGAUUGUGGACAGAGACAACGAGCUCAAAAGCUUUCAGGUGCUACACGCUAACGGUUGCGCUCCCCGCCUCUACUGCACCUUUCAAAAUGGCAUCUGCUAUGAGUUUAUGGAAGGAGAUGCUCUUGGGACGCAGGAUGUCAGGGAUCCUUCCCUGCUCAGGCUGAUAGCCAGAGAAAUGGCUCGCAUCCACGCCAUCCAUGCACACAACGGCUGCAUCCCAAAACCCAACCUGUGGAUCAAGAUGCGAAAAUACUUUUCCAUUGUGGCCACAGAGUUCACCGAUCAGGCAUCCAACGCCAGAAUCCAGCAGGAGGUUCCCAGUAAGGCGCUGUUGGAGCAGGAGAUGGCAUGGAUGAAGGAGCAUCUCUCCACUCUGGGCUCUCCUGUGGUGCUCUGCCAUAACGACCUGCUCUGCAAGAACAUCAUCCACAACAACAAAGAGGGUCAUGUUCGCUUUAUUGACUAUGAAUACUCCAGCUACAACUACCAGGCCUUUGACAUCGGCAACCACUUCAAUGAAUUUGCAGGUAUGGCUGAGCUGGACUAUGGGCUGUACCCUAGUCGGGAGAUGCAGAUGACAUGGCUCAGAGUGUACCUGCAGGCAUACAAACUGUUCACCAAGAAAACCGAGGACAUCAGUCCACGAGAGCUGGAGACGCUCUAUGUACAGGUCAACAAGUUUGCUCUGGCUUCUCAUUUCUUUUGGGGUUUCUGGGCACUCAUCCAGGCCAAAUACUCGUCCAUCGACUUUGACUUCCUCGGGUAUGCAGUGCUACGGUUCAACCAGUACUUCAAGACCAAACCUGCAGUGAUGGCUCUACAGAUCCCAGAAUGAGAGAAGACCAGGAAGCGAGGAGGAUAAGGGGAGAAGACCAGAGCGAGGGUGCAGUAGACUCUUCUCUGAGCCGGCUGUUGGUGGACACUGCUCGGUCGACUUGGCAUCCCUUUUCUGCAACAAGCGCAAUUACUCUUUCAUUCCUCUGCACUUUGCUCCACGUCUGUCACGACUGUUGCUUGAAAAUUACAAAACUUAUAUGUGCGUGAGUGUGAUUGAAUGUGCUUUUAAUUUAUCGAGAUAAACCCAAAAUGUCUUACUUUUCUUCUUAGGGCAACUGAACCAGGCAUUUUGAGCCACUCUGAAGAGUCUGUGUUUAGGCUAGAGCUCACUGACUUCAGAUCUGCUUGACUCUGUCGUACUGGCACCAAAAUGUUCCACAGCACUGGUCAUGAAGGUCUAUUGAGGAGAGUUGGACGAUGACAUUGACUUGAGUUUGUCUAGCUUGCGGUCUGUAGAGCCAUGGUGUCGUUUUAGUUAGAAGCUGACUUCAGGGGCACUUAGCCUGAUAUUCCUCACAUUGUUCAUUUGGUGUACGGACUGUGACCGUAGCCAGACCAUUCCUCUGCUGCUUACUGAUUUUUAAUACUGUAAUCUGUGUGACCUUCCCGAUUUUUGCUCCAUCUUUAGUGCUUGUAGCUUCAAAGAUCACCAGUUUGAGCUUCUGUCAGUACCUCUUCUAGUUUUUCCAACCAGCUGCUGCUCCUAGAAAUAUAUCAACUGUCUUUUCUUGAAGGAAGUGGGGUUUGUCUUCUGAUAGAAUGACCUACCAGACUCCCCAGUGUGUGGAACAACAAAUGGACGAGUUUCAUAGUCUGGUUUUAGGUUGGAUCACCAUUGUGUUAUAGCAAUAAGUGACAGAGUUGCUGAAUGUACAUUUAUUUAUUCAUUUGUGUGAUGACACUGGAUCAUUAACACCUCAGGUUAACAACUCUUCAGUUUGGGUUCUGUACUGUAGUAGUGGAGGAGGAAGGGAGGGUGGAUGGUUAAACAGACACCAGGGUCAAUGUGACUUUAAACUUUGUGUGCAUUUCUGUCCUCCACCUUUUUGACUUUUAUGGUAGCAGAGAAUCGCUCUGUUAAACUUUCCAGACCUCCAUGUCAACUCCUCCUCCACCUUUUCUCUCCUGUCCAAGCUCACUCCUCAUGAUGCUAGCUUUGAUCCAGCUUUAGCUCCCCCCCCCCAGUCUCUAUCUGUUGAGGUUGUGGCUGGAACACCUGCCCCUGAGGGCAUUUCGACAUGGAACCCCCCACUCAACCUCACAUUGUAUUCCAUUUCUGUUCAUAUCCCAGAUUUGGAGUCAAGAGUUGUUAUAUAAUCAAACAUUGCAUAAGUCACAUCUGGGGUCAAAUCAAGCCUCGCUUUCAGAGAGAGGCAGGAAUGGGUUAUCUGGGGAUGUUCCACUGUCAUCAGAUUACCGGUUCCUGUCAUGGAAAAAGAUUGCAUCAGACUCUGUAAAGGUUACAAGUUCUCAUUCCACAAUCUGCUGAAAGCGAAACUGCCAGAACCUUACAAGGCGGUGUCUGGAUUCUGUGAACUCUGUCCACUGUAAAGGUGCAGUCAGUCAAGUUCAAAGUGAUUGUUUUUUUUUUUUACCCGAAUUUGUCCAUAACUGGUGGGUAGUUGGUGUUUGUUUGCCCCAAACAGUAAAGAUGCCUCCUGCAGAGAUGUUAGCUGUAACCCAGCUAGCACUGAGUAAGUCAGCCUGUCUGUGUUUGGAUUCAACUCGGCGUCUGACUGAAGUCUGAACUUACUAUAAAACUCUGUAUAAUUGUCACUUCUUCAGAAUAUCAGGUUUGAAUCCAUUCAAACUGUUUAUUAGUUUGAGCUAUUUUGAAAUGAGGGCAGACAGAUCAACAGAAUCUGCUGGACCACCGUCUGAUGUUUGAAUUAAAUGAAGCCCUGACAGUUUGAAGAUUUUCUCCCCAUCUUCAAAGGAAUUUAUCAGUUUUUACUUUAAAUUCAGUUUACUUCCUUCCAGUCUGCCCUGGGAUGCGUGUCAGACACUCAGUGCUACUAAUUUAGUGUCAUGAUACUCAUUGUGAUUUGACAUAAUGUCCUUGCAUAUUAACUUGGUCUUUUCCUCCGUUGGGCCUCAUGCCAGAAGCUCUCAACAUGUUUUCAGCUGCAUGUUUAUUUGUUCUUAUGCACUGUGAUGCUAAACGUUUCCAUGACUGAAUCUUUCACCGUUUGAUAGCAGUUUAAUGGUGUUGCUAAUGCUAAUAAUCACGUCUUUAUGAACCAGUAUUCAUCAGGUUAAAAAAUAAAAAUCUGCUGCAGGUUUGUACA